AUGGUCCAGAGGAUUUCAAGAGAGGCUGGACUCCAGGCCUUCAUUGAUGCUGUAGAAAAGGAUGGAUGUGUUAUUAUCAAGGACUUUACUGAUUUGGAGUCUCUGGCCGACGCCCAAAAGGAGGUCCAACCCUACCUAGAUGCUUCGAUUGCGGAGAGUGGAAGCAAGGUUGGAGCUCUCAAUGGCGGAACAGCGACCUGUACACGAUUAGUCGGUAGAAGCAAGACCGCUCGUGAGAAAUUCUUCUCGGACCCUUUAUACCAGGAUCUCGCCGAACACUUUAUUGGCAUUGAGUCGAAGACAUGGUACGGAGAAGAGGCUGAAAUCAACAAAUCUCACCCCUUACUUUCUAUUUCUAUAACCAUGGACUCUCGCCCGGGUUGCAAGCCGCAGCGAUUACACAGGGAUGACAAGAACCAUCACGCGUGGCAUACUAAGACCGACAAGUACGAAAAGGGUCGGGAUAUGCUACUAGGUCUAUUUGUACCGGCAUGCGACACAUUCAAAGCCAACGGCGCGACGAGAAUCGUGCCUGGAUCGCAUUUGUGGGGCGACGACAAGCCCGAUUUUGGUCCCAAUGGUGAUAAGGGCGUAAUUGAUGCUGAGCUGAAGAAGACGGAGGCCUUCGUUAUGCUCGGAAGUCUAUUCCACGGCGCCGGUCACUAUACCAUGCCCACCGGAAGUCGGACCGUGCACAUCUUUUUCAUGUGUUCCGGUGUUCAUCGUCAGGAGGAAAUUCCGUACCUAAGUUACCCGAUAGAGGAUGUGAAGACCUAUUCGAAGCUUGUACAGAACCGACUGGGUUGGAAGCAGUCGGAGCCGAAUCUGGGUUGGGUCGACCUAAAAUCUCCUGAAUAUUUGUUAGCAUAA